AUGGUUGCUGCAGCUAGCGAGGGCCCCAACACCGAUCCCGGGAGGCGAGAUGCGGCCUCAGCAGUGCCAGCACUCCGCCAGCGCUGCCGGACGCGCUGCUUCGGAAGGGACAGCAGCGACCGCGGAGGAACAGCUCCUGGCAGACCUGCAGCCCCCGCGGGGAGGACCUGGAGGGGCACCGCAGGCCCCAGCGCUGCCCACGCUGGGCGGCGGGGAGGAGGGGGUCACGCCGGCUGCCAGCCUCACGGCAACCCCCACCGGGCAGAACCGGCGGCCCCAGGAACUCCGGGCAGCGCCGGUACCGAGCAUAACAGCCCGAGCGCAGCCCUCUAUCGCGACAGCGGCUGUCGGGACGAGCGGAACGGUUAUUUGGCGUGCGGCGGCUCGCUGCGCUCCCUCCCCUUGGCAGCACUGAACGAGGGACGGGACGGGGCUGGGGCUCGCCCGCCAGCGGAACCGGCCGAGCCCCGCGCCCCUGCAUCGGCUCCCUGCCACGGGCCGCGCCCGGAGCCCGCAGAGGCAGCAGCCGGCCGGCAACGCGGGGCCGGCGCUGGAAGGAAGGGCUCCGGCGCGUCCCGGCAGCCACGGCGCCGCAGCCGCCGCCCCCAGCCCGCCGCUGCCCGCACUCCGCCGCGCGCCGCCGGGGAGCUGCCUGCCGGCCGCGGCUCGGCGCAGGCGCGGUCCCGCCGCCCGCCCCCGGCCCGUCCACGUCGCCACGGCGUCCCCGCCGCGCAGGCGCAGGGAGGCGGCGGGGACCUGCUAGAGGCUGGUUGUGUCCUGGCAGCUGUGGCUAUGCUGGUGGCAGUGCUGGUGCUGGGAGCCCAGCUGGCUCGUGGUAGGGACAUCUCAGGGUUCCUGCAGGUGCAGCACAAGAGUCACUGCUACUUCAGCAACGGCACACAGAGGGUGAGGCUCCUGAACAGGUACAUCCAAAACCAGCAGCAGCUGCUGCACUUUGACAGUGACCUGGGGCACUUUGUGGCUGAUGUGCCCCUGGGGGAGCUUAUAGCCGAAAGCUGGAACACGCAGCCAGGAUUGCUGGAGGGUGUUUGGGCUGUGGUGGAGACCUUCUGCUGGAACAACUAUCAGGUGGCAAAGUCUUUCACCCUGGAGAGGAAAGCUCAGCCCAAGGUGACAGUGACCCUGGUGCAGUCGAGCUCCCUGCCCGAGAGCAAGAGCCUGGCUUGCUACGUGACAGGGUUCUACCCAGCAGAGGUGGAGGUGAAGUGGUUGAGGAAUGGUCAGGAGGAGACAGACCAGGUGGUGUCCACUGAUGUGAUGCAGAAUGGAGACUGGACCUACCAGGUGCUGGUGAUGCUGGAAGCCCCCCCAGAGCGUGGGGACACCUACGUGUGCCAGGUGGAGCACGCCAGCCUGCAGCACCCCAUCAGCCAGCCCUGGGAGCUGCAGGGGGAUGCAGGACGCAGCAAGAUGCUGACAGGGGUGGGAGGCUUUGUGCUGGGCUUGGUCUUCCUGGCGCUGGGGCUCUGCAUCUACCUACGCAAGAAGGGUGCCCUCUUCCCCCGGCUGCAGGGCUCCUGAGCCAGCUGCUUGCACUGCAGCUCUGCUGCACCACCAUCUGUCCUCUGC